AUGGUGCAUGCAUUUGUUUACAUCUUCUACAUUAUAUGUCUACUUUUUCUCCAGUUUCACCUCUGCAACAACACCUUCAUCGACGCAAAGAACGCGUCAAAAAUAUUUAAAAACAAAAAGAGGACAAUUGGUGUACUAGAUGCUGCCCAAGCCAUUUUGGGGCACGAAAACACUGGCUCAGUGAAGAAUGUGCGGGAGGUUGCUGCCAGGGGACCUCUGCUGCCAGGGGACCUCAACACUAAGCAGUCGACACCGGCCAAAGUUCAGGUAGUCUCCGAAAGCCUGCCCUUCCUAGCUGCAUCUCCUGAUGCCACUGUCUUUUGUGCAUGCUGCAAGAAGGCAGUCCUGGAAGUCAAGUGUGCCGCACCAAUGAAAGGUGCCUCCCUCACUAAGACUUCCAAGUGUUUACCUUAUCUGAAUGAGAACCUGCAGCUAAGGCAUGUUCACAAUUAUUAUGCACAAGUACAAGCACAAAUGGCGGCCACGAAGCUCCGUCAAGCAUACUUUGCUGUGUUCACGGAACCUUUUAUAGACAUAGUGGUUAUAACCUCUGAUAAGAAUUUCUGGGCAGCUGCAAAACUUGCAGCAGAGAGCUUUUUUGUUAACCACAUCUUUCCAAAACUGCAGUCCAUGCGAAUCUACAAGCAAAUGAAAUGUGCGAGGAAAAAAUGUCACUGCCAUGGUGCUAGGUCGGGCUGUGUUGUUGAAUUUUUCCUUUGUCACGCCAUUUUCCAUCUGAAGCGUGUAAACCUUAAAUGCACACCAAGACCGUGGGUGUACACUGCAUGCCAAAAUGUCAGCCAGACUGGUGACGACUUAAUUCAGAGCCAUCCAGAUAUGACUUUGGUGCUGCAGGUCUUCGCCAAACAGAUUGACCUACUCACCAAGACCCUGAUGCUCGGGUGA